CAGUCGCCAACAAUGUUUUUUUAAUGAAUUCAGAGUAUGUUGAUUCAUCAAAGAAAUGUUCUACAAAUUUUGCUGCUACUAUAUUUUCUUCUGAGUUAUGAUGGAGUUCAAGGAGAAAUGAAGUUGUCCAAACUAGAGGAACUAGCUUUGGAGAAGCAAUUUAAACUUUUGAACAAACCAGCGGUCAAAACAAUUAAGAUGAAACCCACUUUAUCGACGAUAAAGCAAAUUCCAAGUACCUCAACUGUUGAUAUAUAUUCAAGGAUAUUGUUAGAGAACGGAGGCUGUCCUUCUGGAACCGUUCCCAUCAAAAGAGUUACCAAAGAUGAUCUUAUUAGACAAAGACGUAUGCCACGGCCAGAAGAUACAAAUAACAUUCUUGAGACAACAGGAGGAUACUUGGUACCUUUGUCUCUUCUUGCAAGAAAAAGUAUACAAUAAUUUCACUUUUGCUAUAGUUAUCAUGGAUUCAACCAACUGUACUCACCAAAUUUGGUGGUAGACCUAGUGAACAAUCGAGGCAACACUAAUUUCUUUAAGAA